GUUCUGUGCACUUUCUAUCAGGGUUUCUCAUGGACUGGUCCCCCUCAUAUCGCUACCACAACGUUGAGGAGGUCAGAAAGAGUUUAUAUUCUUGGGCACUUGGUCCUUUCGAUAAGGGUUUCCAUUGAAUAUUAUCACCACUCUAUGAGACAUUCACAUCUCAAAGCUACCCAACCUGGUUCCUGGGUUUGUUCUAGCAUGAAGACUGGUUUACGAAUGGUUCUGAUGUCUUCACUGAUCACAAUCGAUAUGUCAAGGCUUGGGUGAUAACCUUCGAUUGAUAUCGACAAAAAAAUGUACGACUAUUAUCUCAUUUCCUGUUUCCGAAAGAGCAUAGUUGGUGUUCGAAGGUUUCAUUUGUCUUGUUUGAUGAGGUAUCAAGGUCUCAUAUUAUUCUGCGGCCCCACAUGGUCGUCGCCGAACUCGUCCCGACGUACCCACACGUCCGCCAAAUUCAACGAAAACUUUCAAAAAAUUCUCUUCCUGUCAAACACCAGCAGCAAUCUGUUAUCGAUCAAGUUGCCAAAGUCAUAUAUAUAUACUCUUGCCUGUAAGAUUGUUCAUCAAUCAAACAACAGGCCGGCUGGCCCAAUGGCAAGGCGCUUGACUACGAUUUGCUCGAAAUCAAGAGAUUGCAGGUUCGAUCCCUGCGUCGGUCAUCUUUUUGCGUCUCUGCCUUUCACUCCUUCAUUCUUCCGAGACUGGAUUCUAUGGGCAGGAAAGCUUGUUUUCACUUUUUGCGCUACCGACAGCAACGACAGUAACGUACAAGAGGUCAUUUGGACACGACAAAGACAAGUAACAGCCUUCCGACAUUUUGUUCUAGGUUCGAACAAAUGGAUAAAGAGAAAGCAAUGGGAACAAUUCCAGCAGCUCCCUUUUAAGCGAAGACUGCCAGACAAAGUAAGCUGUCGUCUUUGUGGCUCAGCUGCGAAACCAUACCUAUCAAUUUAUAAAAGCGUUUACUAGCUAGCAAGCUGUUGCAAGAUCUCGCUGCAUCUUGGUUCCUAGUAUUACGACUAGGUAAUUGGGAGGCACGAUAGUCUUGCUUGCAUCUCCGUAGGCUAGAAGGGCUCACUGUAAACCCUCCUAUCAACUUCGCCCGCUAUGUUCCAAUAGGAUUGCUUGCGUAGAUAUUGAUAUCUUCCAGAUGAGCAAUGACCAGAAG